UAAAUUGUGGCGUGGCGCUGGACGGACGUGGACGCCUUCGAAAUGUCCGUUGUAUAUUUUGACUGGUUAGACUACCUGGUAUUUGGUACGAUGCUUCUCCUAUCCGCCCUUAUCGGUGUGUAUUUCGCAUUUUUUGCUGCGAAGAAGCAGAACACGACAGCUGAGUACCUAAUGGGCGGAAAAACUAUGGGUAUUUUCCCCAUCUCCAUGUCCUUGAUUGCCAGCUACGUAUCUGGAAUUUCGCUACUUGGUCUACCAGCUGAAAUGUACACGUACGGAACUCAGCUGUGGACCAUUGUUCUAUCAGAAUGGAUAGUAUCACUGACUAUAUCUAUAGUUUAUUUACCCGUUUUUUAUAAUCUACAAAUAAAUUCAUCUUAUGAGUAUUUACGUCUGCGUUUUAACCAAAACGUUCGUCUACUUGGGUCUAUAAUCUUUAUCAUAAAAAUGCUACUUUAUAUACCAAUUGUGAUAUAUGUACCUGCCUUAGCAUUUAGUCAAGUGACAGGAAUAAAUCUCCACAUGAUAACACCCAUCGUGUGCUUGGUGUGUAUCUUCUACACAACUCUAGGUGGACUAAAAGCAGUUGUUUGGACUGAUGCCCUACAAACAAUUCUAAUGUAUUUCGGUGUAAUUUUUGUAUUAAUUUAUGGAACUUUACGACUCGGUGGGUUUCAAGAAGUAAUGAGAAUAAGUGAGCAAGGUGAUCGUCUCGACUUCUUUAAUAUGGACAUAAACCCAACAAUACGCCACACAUUUUGGACCACGGUUUUUGGGAACUACUUCAGCUGGUUAGCUUCAUGUUCUGUUAACCAGGCUAUGAUACAGCGAUGUCUGGCUCUCUCUUCACUUAGAAAAGCAAGAAUAACGAUCUUCAUUAUGGCUGCGGGAAUUUUCACCAUUGUGUCACUAUGCUGCUACACUGGUCUAGUCAUCUAUGCUACGUUUGCAACUUGCGAUCCUCUUAGUACGGGGGCUAUAAGAAAAAGUGACCAACUGUUACCGUACUUCGUGAUGACUAUAACUGGUGCUAUACCGGCUCUACCAGGAAUUUUUAUGAGCGGUGUUUUUAGUGCUGCUUUAAGUUCUAUGUCAACGGGUUUGAAUUCUAUGUGUGGUGUUAUAUUUGAAGAUCUGAUCAGGCCAGCGUACAAUAAGCCCAUUUCGGAAAGAACCGCAAGUUUUAUUAUGAAAGUCAUUGUUGUUGUUAUUGGUUUUAUCUGCGUCGCUCUCGUGUUUCUGGUUGAGCACAUGGGAGCUCUGAUACAAGCUGGCAAAAGUUUAGCCGGGAUAACAGCUGGCAGUUUGUUGGGGCUAUUUACGAUGGGAUUGUUUUUACCGUGGAUUAAUGCCACGGGCGCAUUAGUUGGUGGUAUAACGUCAACUCUUCUGGUCGGAUGGAUAUCCUUAGGCACACAAGCUGCUAUGUUGCGAGGAGAAAUAGUAGUAGCUCCUAAACCAGUGGAUGUGUCCGGAUGUGCGAACAACUUCACUCUUAAUAUUUCACCUACUUCAGACACUACUGUUGAAUUUGACAGGUCUGGUACCUUCUUUUUGUACAGAGUCAGCUACUUGUACUACACGUUCAUUGGCAUGACUGUUUGCACCAUCACUGGCGCUAUCGUCACGUAUUUUACUCGACCAAACGAUCCAUCAAUGAUCCAUCGUGACCUCUUGACGCCUGUCAUCCAUCGCUGGCUACCUCCUCAAAGCAUCCACUGUCGGCGGCCACGCCUUACGCAGCACAAUAUUGAAUUACAGGCCAGGGAGAUGGAACUCCUAAACCUCCGUAUAGCAUAUAAGAAGGACAAGGAUGACAGCGGACUUGAUAGCGAGUUAUUAUCUCCAAGAAAUAAUAAUAUAUUUAGUUCGUAAAUUAGUUUCUAGAGAAACAAUAUUUGAUUGUGUACUGUUGUGUUCCAAUUAUAUUGAAAUAAUGUUUAAAGAAGA